AUGGACUCGGAGGGAGCCGAAGAACUUAGAGACCCUAGCGAAGCUGGAAUUCCUGCGUACGCAGAAGGGUCUACAGUCAUUCUUGGUCUUAACUACUACCAUCGUUUCAUUCCGGCCUUCGCGGUUUACGACAACGCGCUCUAUUCCCUCACCGCCCGCGACUUUGAACAACGGAUCUCGAAUCCUGAGACACGCGAUCUUGAAAGGUGGACUCACGCGCAACGCGCGUUUGGAACGCUCCGUAGUAAGAUCGCGACUACACCCAUGUUGAAACACUUCGAUACGGAUAAGCAGCCGGUGGUAAUCGUGUUUGCGAGUGACUGGGCCGUGACGGCCGUGCUUACCCAAGACGAGGGAUUUCCACCCGUCAAGUUCACCAGUUGGAUGUUGAAGCCCAACGAGUUGAACUACAGCAUCGCCGAGAAGGAAAUCCUAGCGCUGUUACCCGUCCUAAACGAAAGGGAGGACGAUUCGCGUCUUAACCCGACACACGACGCUCGGUUGGCUCUUCCGCUCUAA